AAAUUGUAUCAUAUUUUUCGAUAUUUAUCUUAUUAAUAAUUCGUUUACAUAGCGAUUAACGAGUUAGCAUUGGAAUGUCAUAAAAUAGGUGCUCUCUUGUUUAACCACAAGUCUCAAGUCACGUAACAGGAAAAAUAUCCAUCAAACUUUAUCCGUAUAUCCGGAAAAUGUGAACUCAAGUACCGAGAAUACUGGCGAAUCUCAAGAAAACGCGCUUUCGGUUUCAGUCGCAUUUUCGUCGUCAAUCCAGUCACUCCAUAUCGCCUGUGUCGCAGACGCGAAAAAUAGAAUCAAAAUGGGGCGAUAAACAAGCCGAACUCAUAAAUCCUAUCAAUCAGAACAGUUUAACAUUGAAAAGGAUUGAACAAAAAUCUACAAAGGCGAUUUUAAAAUUCUGGAAUAGACUGAAGCCUCGCAAAAGCGCGAGGAAGAAAAUAGAACCUCCUGCGAGUAAACCAUUAGCUUCUGUGUAGGUUAAAAUGCUUGAUGAAAUUCAUUUUUCCAAUGCUUCUCAAAAAUUAUAUUUACAAAAAUAUGAUAUUAACAAUGAUGAAAUGUUAAUUUAUUUCAGAUGGAAUUUUAAUAAUGUUGAAAAAAAAAUGAGCGCUAGAUCACAACGUGGGAAUCACGACACGUCGGCCAGCAAACGACUUCAUAGCCCGCGUAUCAAUCCAAAAAAUCGCGGACCAAGACCUCAUAUAACAUAUGAUUACGAUGCUGCGAUCAGUCAACCGGAUGUACCGAGUUUGAUUGAUUAUAAGAAACUCGGUCGUGGGGCGAUGGUUAGUGGAGUCCUGCUUAAAAAGAGAACUUUAAAAAAACGAAUUAAGCCAAGAAAGAAUUUUCAGAAAAGAUCACAGGAUUUCAAAACGAAACCGUUGGUCCAAAAAAAAGGUAUGCGAUUGCCUGGUAGUAAAACCGGGAAUCCAGCGAACAAAACGGUUGGAUCUUCUAAUAAUUUUGACAAAGAUCAUGUCGAUGAAAAAGAAGAUAUUAUCAAUGAUACUAUCGACGAUUUGUCAAACAUAUUGAAGGAUACAACGAUAGAGGCGACCGAGAAUGAUAACGAUAGUGAAAUUAUAGAGGAGAAAAUAAAAAAUCCGAAAUUAGAUGAUUUCGAAUGUGUUGCAACAAAGUCACCAAUCACAGUCAAAUGCAGUAAAAUUCCUCGCGCGAAGAUUACUAUUUUUCCGGCUCAUACGCUUCAUGAAUCCCAUGCGACCAAGUUGAAAAUAAAGGAAUCUCUUCACUUGAAACAUCCGACGACUGGUAUCGACAUUAUUGAGAUCACGGACAACGAGAUGAAAAAAGGAUGCUGUAAAGAAGAAAGUAAAAAAGAUGUGGUUCGUUUUGAUUGCGAAAUACCAAAAGAAACAAAUUUGGAACAAAGAUGAGACUUCGACGUUAGAGGCGGAUGAAGAAUGUCAUGGAAUGACGUCGACCGACGAAUCCCCUCUUUUUAGCAGCAUCGAUGAUCCCCGUGUUUUAACGAUCUUACGAAGUUUGAAACUAAACUGUCCUUGUAGAUCAUGUACCGAACAAACUCUGCCUUUGAGCAUUCGACAAGAAGAUGACAGCGAUUUAAAGAGUUCAUCUCCGGAAGAAAUUAGAAAGAAAAAAUGGUUGAGAUAAUAUUUACUUGAAACUGUAAGAGUGAAAAAAAUGAAUAUUAUAAUGAUUGCACAUGAUUAUCAACAGGUCGUUGAAACAUCGAAAGUAUGUUUAUACAAGUACCGAAGAUAUGGAUGUUUCAUCUGAUUGCAGUAAAAAAGGAAGAAAAAUUCGAUAUAAAUCGAAGAAUAUUCUGAAUCAGCGUAUUAAAGCAAGUUCGAUAAUACACACAACUCCGAAAAUUUCUCAUCGUCGACGAACAAGUUUUUCCUUUUUUAACACUCUUUUUGAUAUUGUUUUUUGGCCUUAUCUAUUUCUGAAAACAAAUCGGUGAAAGCUUAUUUUUUUUUUUAUUAAAAAAAAAAAAAAA